GCCGGUACCCGUAGGGAGAGGUGUGCAGCGGGCGGUGGCUGCGCGGUGCGGGCGUCUCGGCUGCGCGGCUGUGGCGGACCGAGUGGGACUUGCAGCGGUUCGCCAGGCCGUGGGUCGUCGCUGCAGCUCCCACGACUCACGGGGCGAGCUUGGCAGACAGGAUCGGAAGGGAAGGGAUGCACGGGCAUGGAGGCUAUGACUCUGACUUUAGUGAUGAUGAACACGGAGAAUCUAGCAAAAAGAAGAAAAGGACAACUGAAGAUGAUUUAUUGCUCACAAAACCAUUUCAGAAAGAAAAGCAUGGAAAGGUGGUCCAUAAACAAGUGGCAGCAGAAUUGCUGGAUAGGGAAGAAGCAAGAAAUAGACGGUUUCAUCUCAUAGCUAUGGAUGCCUAUCAAAGGCAUACAAAGUUUGUAAAUGACUAUAUUCUAUACUAUGGUGGCAAAAGGGAGGACUUCAGGCGUGUAGGGGAGAAUGACAAGACAGACUUGGACGUUAUACGUGAAAAUCAUAGAUUCCUAUGGAAUGAAGAGGAUGAAGAAGAUAUGACUUGGGAGAAGAGACUUGCAAAGAAAUACUAUGAUAAAUUAUUCAAGGAAUAUUGCAUAGCAGAUCUCAGUAGAUACAAAGAAAAUAAGUUUGGAUUUAGGUGGCGAAUAGAGAAAGAAGUAAUUUCAGGAAAAGGUCAAUUUUUUUGUGGAAAUAAAUGUUGUGAUGAAAAAGAAGGCUUAAAGAGUUGGGAAGUUAAUUUUGGUUACAUCGAGCAUGGUGAAAAGAGAAACGCACUCGUUAAGUUAAGAUUAUGCCAAGAAUGUUCCUUUAAAUUAAAUUUUCAUCACAGGAGAAAAGAAAUCAAGUCAAAAAAAAGAAAGGCAAAAACUAAAACGGAUUACGAGGAAUCAUCACAUAAAAAAUCCAAAUCAUCAUCUUUAGAAGAGACCUCCCAGAGGAAGGAUGGAGGACAUUCAUCCUCUAAGAAAUCAGAAGGUGCUAGAGACAGACACACUGAUGAGGAAGAAAGUGCUUCAGAAUCUGAGUUUUGGAAGGGGCCGCUGCCAGAGACAGAUGAAAAAUCACAGGAAGAAGAAUUUGAUGAGUAUUUUCAGGAUUUGUUUCUGUGAGAUGGGAGAAGAGAAAGUCUACAGUUCCUUAAUGUGAAAGUACACACUGACUCCUGUGAAGGCUGCACUCCAGCUGCUGUUUGAGUGGCUGGUCUGUCAGGAUAAGGGCAAGGUCACUGGCUGUGUCUCAAACCCUUUCCUCUGUCAUCUGUCAUCUUUCAGUUGCUCACCUGCAAGUCUGUUUUGUCUAUAGCUCUUUGAUACAUGAUAUACUACUUUAAGUGGCAUUUAAACAUGACGUGAUUGGCAUUAAACUGCAAAAUAAAUGAUUUAAUGUCUUAUUUUAAAAUGAUUAGUUUU